CGGGCCACCUUUGGCCCCGGCGUUCCGGCUGCAGCUCGGAGGUGGGGUGUGUAUGGGGGAGGGGGGCCAAGAGGUACAAAAGAGGGUGGUGCUGGCGCUGCAGCCGCAUCCAGAUGCAGCGCUGUGACCAGCUUAGAGACUGACGUGCCUGGAGGGGAACGUGGAUCGGUUCGGUGCGGUGAGGUGACCUGGGGCUGGGACGCGAGGAAGGGCAGGCUUGGGACCGCCUUGAGGCUGCAGACCCCGAGUCCGGGGCGCCCCUGCCCAGGAGCCUGGCUCCUAAGCAUGGUGGCCCGCGGUCCGGCCGGGCAGGGUCCUGGAGGGCCUAGAGACCGGAGUGUCCGUGGCGUGGGACUUGGGGACUCUGCAGCUGUCGCUCUGAAAGAGCGCUAACCCUGGGUUCCCUUUUACCGGUCCAGCGGUCAGAGCGGCUGAAGACUGCCUCUGGCUCUAAAGAACCCCUGCGCAGACUGUGUGAAGCCUGGGACUUUACUGGGAAGAUGAAACCCGAUGAAACACCUAUGUUUGACCCAAGUCUGCUCCAAGAAGUGGACUGGAGUCAGAAUACAGCUACAUUUUCUCCAGCCAUUUCUCCAGUGAAUCCUGGAGAAGGCUUGGUUUUGAGGCCUCUUUGUACUGGCGACUUGAAUAAAGGUUUUUUUACGUUACUGGGUCAGUUGACAGAGACUGGCGUCGUCAGCCCUGAGCAGUUCAUGAACUCUUUUGAGCACAAGAAGUCGUCUGGGGAUUACUAUGUUACAGUUGUGGAAGAUGUGACCCUAGGACAAAUUGUUGCUACAGCAACCCUGAUCAUAGAACAUAAAUUUAUCCAUUCAUGUGCUAAGAGGGGGAGAAUAGAAGAAGUCGUCAUUAGUGACGAGUGCAGAGGGAAGCAGUUGGGCGAACUGUUAUUAUCAACUCUCACUUUGCUAAGCAAGAAGCUGAACUGUUACAAGAUCACCCUUGAAUGUCUACCACAAAACGUCGGCUUCUACAAAAAGUUUGGCUAUACAGUAUCUGAAGAAAAGUACAUGUGUCUGAGGAACCACAAGUAAAGACCACCAUCAAGAUUGCUCCAAGGCUUUCCUGUUCAUUUUUGUUGCUGCAGCCAGUGAGCUCCAUACCUGCUAGACUGGAAAACCACUGUAGUGUGCAAUGUAGUAGUGACAAGAGCAUGCCUGUGGCUGCUGGGACUUGCUCUGAGUUAAGAGUACAAAUGAUCACAAAGGGGAUGAUUUUUAACCAAAGGAAUAUAUUUUCAACUUGAAUCUUUUCUUGCAUUGUAUUUUUCUAAAGUUUAUCUUCAUUUCCUGGUCGUCAAGAGUAUGGGCAAUAAACAGUUAUGUCUGCUCUGUGCUGCUCA